CAGUUGACAGAAGAACAAAAAAAUGAGUUCAAGGCCGCCUUCGACAUCUUCGUGCUGGGCGCCGAGGACGGCUGCAUCAGCACCAAGGAGCUGGGCAAGGUGAUGCGCAUGCUGGGCCAGAACCCCACGCCCGAGGAGCUGCAGGAGAUGAUAGACGAGGUGGAUGAAGACGGCAGCGGCACUGUGGACUUCGACGAGUUCCUGGUUAUGAUGGUCCGGUGUAUGAAGGACGACAGCAAAGGAAGAACCGAGGAGGAGCUCUCGGAUCUCUUCAGGAUGUUUGACAAAAAUGCCGAUGGCUACAUCGACCUCGAGGAGCUGAAGAUCAUGCUGCAGGCGACGGGAGAGACCAUCACGGAGGAUGACAUAGAAGAGCUGAUGAAAGACGGGGAUAAAAACAACGAUGGCAAGAUUGACUAUGACGAGUUCCUGGAGUUUAUGAAGGGUGUUGAGUAAAUCUGAAAUGAGAUCUACAGCCUGAAUCCCCUAAAUCCUUCCAGUGCUGCUGUCUCCUCUACUUGGUUACGACC